AAAAACAUGCUGCUAUGAUAAUCUCGAUGUUCGCAACUGACGUAGCAAACAUAAUCCCAAAUCGUGCGGUGUUCAUAACGAUACGUAUUCGAGGUCGAUAACGAACAGGCGCUCAAGUACGAGGAUCGCUCAUUCAGUAUAAAGCAGCUGGCCUAACUCACGACAAGACUUAGAGAAACAGUUCAUAAGAAGAACGAGGAUCGUUCUUUAGAGAAACUGUCCAAUUCCUGUUUAUGGAAAAAUGAAUGUAAUCGUGCCAUGAGAAAAACACACAAAUACGAUGAAACUGGCUGUCUUCUAUAGAGAUUGAACCGUUCACCUGAACUAACAACUUAGUAUAUGGUUCUACGUCAGCAAGCUUUUAUCCAAUCACAGUGCUGUACUUUAUUACGUUGCCAUGGUAUCGAAUACGUUUUCGCGAAUCGUAGAUGGCAAAAUGAAGUUGACUGCUCAUGUCACAUUCCAAUUUUCACUUGCGAGAAGAGAACACCAGGUACUGAAAGUAUUUGUUAAAAUCUGUACUCUUUAAGUGGCGUUUCACUAACGACGUGUAUUACGGAACUGUAGCUCGCACUUUGUACAAACUUUUUUCUAAAAGACAUUUCUAAGGGAAGAAAUCUCAGAUGUCACCAUUCGACAUUAUUUAAAGAAGUUACUUAAUGUUGCUGAUUACAUAAAAAAUUCGUUUAUAUCUGAUUCUCCUUAAAAUACUUUCUAAGCGACAUAUUGAUAAUGAAAACUUCAUCAGUAAUUUGGUAGCUACAAAAUACUCCAAGAUGACGUCCACACUGUCUUCAACAAUCUUUGAAAAUCCUGUUUGUGAACCAACAAACAAUACCACUUUUAUUGAUGGCACUACAUCAGUUUGUAACUUAACAAUGGAUAAUAUAAACACCACUAUUGCAUUGCCAGAGCCAUCGUACUACUCAAUAUACUAUCGAAUCAUUGGAACUACAUUUCUAGGAUUAAUAUUCCUGAUAGGCAUCCUCGGUAACAUCAUGGUAGUUAUGGUGGUAACUAAAAGCCGUAGCAUGCUGACUCCUACCAACUGCUACCUUGUCAACUUAUCCUUAGCUGAUCUCAUGGUCUUAGUAGCUUCUGUUCCCAACGAAGUUUUAUCCUAUUAUUUGCUGGGAGACGAAUGGAUCUGGGGCCGAGUUGGUUGUGCUCUCUUCAUAUUUUUUCAGUAUCUAGGGAUCAAUGCCUCAUCCCUGUCCAUCACAGCUUUCACAGUAGAACGGUAUAUCGCCAUCUGCCAUCCCAUGAAAGCCCAGAUGGUCUGUACCAUUAAUAGAGCCAAGAAGAUUAUUAUUGGGGUUUGGGUGUUCGCCUGUCUUUACUGCUCCCCUUGGCUUUUCCUCACCAAGACCGUUCCUAUCUUUUACAAGGGCCACGAUAAUAUGGAGACCUGUACCUUUGCUCUUUCCAGAGAGUACUAUCUGGGGUAUUUUUUUGCUGACCUAGUUCUCUUCUACAUCCUUCCGCUACUACUAUCCUGUGUACUUUACAGUCUGAUAGCAAGAAUCUUAUUCACUAGUGACAUUCGCAGAAAAAUGGCUAAAGAAGGGAACCCCCCAAGAGAUUCAGCGAGGAACACCAACACAAGCGCUAGAGUACAGGUGGUGAAAAUGCUUGCUGUUGUCGUGGCUAUUUUCGCAACACUCUGGCUGCCCUAUCGAGCUCUUGUUGUCUACAACUCCUUUGCAAAACACCGCUACAUGGAGGCCUGGUUCCUGAUGUUCUGUAAGACAAUGAUUUUUAUCAACAGUGCCAUCAACCCGAUCCUGUACAACGCCAUGUCGGUCAAGUUUCGGCGUGCUUUCAGAAGGACCUUAUCUUGCCGUAAGCAACAGCAAUGUCACCGUGGGCCAUACGGAAGCGUACCAGGGUCUACCAGAUAUCUUCCGAGCACCCUAACAACUGCAACAACAAGGCCAGCUUCCUGUAGGAUAGAGAAAUUACAACAAGUAUAAAUCAACGUUGGUUUCUUCUGUCUUCUACAGGUUGAGGAUGAAACAUCGCCUUCCACCUGUAUCAGUAACAGUAAGAACACUAUCAUACAAAUUAGAAACAUAUAUUAUAACCUAUUUAAAUCAACACUGUCUUAUUAAACAAAGAUACAGAUUAAAACAUCACCACCCACUUCACUUUACUAUGACAAUAAGGACAUUACAAUACGAGACACAGAAAUGAAUAUUGAUUUCAAUUAUAUCUAACAUAAAUUAGAAAAGCGG